AUGCAUGAGAAUUGCCAAUGGCUGGACAUUCUUGCAAUCUUAUGUGAUUCUUUUACUCCGGAGAUAAAAAGAUUGGACGAGGCGACGACGGAGGGAAUUUGAUCCGGCUGUUCCGGUUUGCAGACUGGUGCAGAGACUAUGGGAUCAAGUUCAAGUUGAAUACGGUUGUCAACAUCCACAAUUGGAAUGAAGACAUGUCAGCUGAAAUUGAGAGACUCGCACCCUUUCGAUGGAAAGUGUUUUAGUGUCUGCUAGUUGCUGGCGAGAAUGAAGAUGCGACCCGACUGCGAGAUGCGAGGACCCUCCUCGUGAAUGACGAACAAUGGAAGACAUUCUGCGACCGGCAUAAACAUCUUCCAUCCUACGUCCCAGAGGAUGCAACGGCUAUGGCGAGCAGGUACUUGCUUCUGGAUGAAUGCAUGUGCCUUUUGGACAAGGGCGAGGGCAUUAUCACAAAGAGUGAAUCAAUCUUGAAGGUCGGCGUUGAGAAAGCAAUGGGCCAGGUUGUCUGGAGGGUUCGUUCAUCAAUCGCGGCGGCAUUUAUGACUGGGACAGAUCGGAUAUGGUGCAAGAAAGUGGUUGCAGCGGGGGCAGUAGUGAAAAGCUGCAGUGGUGAUAGUCAUUGUUUCGAUUCAUCGGUUCAUUCGGGCUGUGAGGUCAAUGCAGGAAAUGAUCAUAGUGUUAACAAACCGUACCCAAAUGACCAGCAACGCUGUUGGUAA